AUGGCGUUCAAGGCCGUUGUGAUCUUUGGGAGGAACUAUUGGCCUUUAAAGCAACUUACCAGGAUCCGUGGUGUAUCGGGGGUUCAGGGUUGUGCAGUGGGCCUACCAAGGCCAGUUUCUGACCAUUGCCCGAUCAUGUUAUUGGAUGAUAAUAGAGAUUGGGGUCCAAAACCUUUCAGAUUCUUGGACAUUUGGCUUUCUAAUCCUAAAUGUAUGAAGGUAGCCAAAGAAGCUUGGGAGGAAGCCCAGGUGCAUGGUUGGGCAGGUUACAUCUUAGUUCAAAAGCUGAGGACAGUGAAAGAUAGAUUGAAAGUGUGGAACAAGCAAGACUUUGGGGAUAUCAACUGCGCUCUCCAUGAUAUUGAGUCUAAGCUUCACCAUCUUGACUCCCUCUCUGAAGCUAGACAACUAACCGAUGAGGAAAGAGCACUGAAGCUAGGGGACAAAAAUACCAGGUUCUUCCAAAUAUCAGCAAACAAUCGUUUCAAGAGGAACUUGGUGGGAUCAAUAAGGGUGGAUGGGAGUGUGCUGGUGGACCCGGGUCAAAUCAAAGUUGCUGCAACAAAAUAUUUUCGGGUCAACUUCACAGAAGAGAGAAAGAUCAGACCUGACUUGGGAGGUUUCUUUUCUAGAAAACUUAACCAGGCCAGUGCAAUGCAGCUUGAGAUACCUUUCGAGGAGAAGGAAAUUUUAACAGCCUUGCAUGAUUGCAGCAGCUUCAAAGCCGCCGGCCCCGAUGGCUUUAACUUUUCCUUUGUUAAGAAAGGAUGGGUCUUCAUGAAGGAGACGGAAUACUGGCCUAUUAGUAUGGUGGGAUGGGUCUAUAAGGUUCUGUCCAAAGUCUUAGCGAACAGAAUUAAGGGGCAGAUGCGAUCAGUUAUUGGAGAGGCCCAAGCUGCUUUUAUUUUUGGGAAACAAAUUCUAGAUGGAGUCCUUAUAGCCAACGAGGCAAUCCAUAGUUGGAAAGUCAGGGCACACGAGGGCCUUGUCUUGAAACUAGACUUUGAAAGAGCGUUCGACUGUGUCAAUUGGAGCUUUUGUGCAACAUGCUAUCGAGGUUGGGCUUCGGGGACAAAUGGAGGGAUUGGAUUCUAG